UGGUGGAUGAACCUCAAUGGACAAGUACUGAACCACUGCUGGCAUGAUUAUUCUAAUUCGAAAUUUACGAUAACAAAGUUUGCAAACAAUUUAUUUUUUUAAUGUGGGAAUUCCUCCAAUGAGAAAUUAUUUUGAAGAUGAUUAGAGCUUACCAAUUCUUUUAGUUCAAGACUUUCUCAACAUAUUUAGUUUAGUAGCCAAAAAAAAUACAAAUGAAAAUAAUAAUGAUUAAUGAAUGAUAAUAAUAUUAAUAAUGGCAUAAUUAUAAUGGUAAUGUUAAUGUCAGUAAUCAUUCAUUAAUGUAAAUGAAUCAUGGAAAUUAAAUAAUGAAACUAUGAAUGUGUAACCUUGUUACUUUAGCUUUAACACUUUAUUUAUUCUAAUUUAAAGUAAAUAUAUUUACCAUCACAAAUAAUUUGAACAGAAAUGUAGGCCAACAAAAAAUAUUUAACAGUGGCAGUGGAGUUCCUUGAAUGAGUGCCACCUCAUCUGGGGCAAAAGUAACUAAAAGUGUAAGGCCCCCUAACAUAUGCAUUGGAUGCAGUUAAUUAUAAUGAUAAAUGGGUCUACAUUUUUAAAUUUAGUUAUCAAGGCUAUAAAAAAGAAAAAAAAUUGUUUAAACCUCAAAUCUGGGACAGUCACCCCUUUCACACCCCUUAUGUUUGGCGACUUAUAUAUAAAUUAUCAUAUUAUUAUCGCUAUAUAUUACAAGGCUUAUAUUAUUGGGCAUAAGCAACUCUGACCUAUGCAGGCUAUGGCCUAAAAUUAUAAGAAUAAUAAAAAUACUAAUUGUAAUAUGGAAAAUGUAUUUGGGAAAUUCAUGUUUUAUUCAAUACUUGCCUAAGAAUGGAUUGAAAUAAUGUUACUGUACACAUAAUUUCUAUGUAUUAAAACGGCAACAAGUAAUCCCAAACCUGGGUUUAAUGAAGCCUUAACUAAUCACUUAAACAAUUUUUGCCUACUUUAGUUUUCUAAUCAGAAUUGAGUAUUGUUAAUAGUACUCAAAUGUUUAUUCCUCGGCAGUAAUCAGUCAAAUGUUUAUUCCCUGGCAGUAAUCAGUCAAAUGUUAUAGCAGUUUAAUGUUUUGCUGUUUUAAAAAAAACUAUCCUAGCAUUAAAUUUAUUAAUUAAAUUUAUUGCAGGGUACCCUUACGUAAGUUUAUAAAAGAACAUGACAAAACCUGUCGUAAAAAAUACCACUGCUGAUUUGGCUAAACCUAAUCAUUCCAUGCUUAAAACUUCAAUUUAAAGUAAUUAACAAAAAUUUAAACAUCUGUGUAAUGUGCAAUAAGAAUGUAUAGUCUACACUUUUUUAUAAAACAUUUUCACUUUGUCUGUUAACUUUUCUAGAUAAAUUGAACCAUGACCAGAACAUAAAAAAUGAUGCUGUUACGAAAAUGGCAACGUUAUCUGCGUUGGUGCAUAGCUCUGGCCGCUCUGUUUGUUCUAUGGCAAGUCAUCCAUCACUUCUCACAGAUAAAUACCUUAGACUUAAGUUUGGAUAGAUAUGGCAAAAAACAGCCUGACCAUUGGGGAUCCACUAAUGAAGAUAUUGAUUGGCUGCCAGGUCUGGUAAAAUCAAGAUCUCAGGAAAUACCGAUUGUUGUGGUUGAGGAACAUUAUGAAGGUAUAACUACAUUAGGGAAGUUAAAUGAUUUCAUUUAUGGGAUGUCUGAUUAUCAGUUUUGAAACAGUUUAAUUACAUUUAAUUUAAUUUAUAUUUCUAUAUAGUAAUAAAUGUAACAUUGUAACAAGCAUAAAAGUUGUAAUUAAUUACUACUAAAAAUUAAAACUAACAUAUAAAUGGGGAAUUUAAAAAAUAAAGUGUCUGUAUGUCCGGCGACCGGACGAAUAAUUCUCGAGAUAUUCGUCAACCGCCGUAAAAAAGUUGGCCGAGAUAUUUAUUUAUUUAUUUAUUUAGGCAUUUUUAUAUAGCGCUUAUCAUAAAGCUCUAAGCGCUUUACAAUUAUUAAAACAAGUAAACUAAGUAAAUACAAAUGAGACACUAGGAUAGUAACUACUAUUCUAUAGAAACAAUGAAAAUGGCUUAAAAUUCAUUAUUUUAAAAUGGUUUAAAAUCUUUUUAAAGAUAUCUGUCCGUCAGCCUUGUUAUGUGACCGCUAAUGUCGAUCAUAAAACUGGCAUAAGAGAUGCAUGGAUGGCGACAAGUAUACACUUAAUUUCAAGAAAUAAGAGAGUGGGCAAGCAAUGUAUACUAGAAGGAAGAAAUACUGAACUGAUAUCGAGAGAGAAAGGAUAAAAAUGAUAUAGAGGGUGAUAAAUAAUUAUGGUGGGGAGGUUGAGAUUUAACAAAGAAAUAGGCCCUACAUCUUAACAUGGGACCAAUAUAGUGUGCUUUUGGGGUACCCUACUUCUCACGCAAUAUUAAUAGCCUAAAAUAAAACUUUUUUGACAAUAGGUCUAUUCUCAGUAAACUGGCAAGUAUUGGUCUUAUUUACUUUAGUUCAUAUUUUAAAUAUAGGCUACUAGGCAGAGCUUUAUAAGAUAUUUAAACCAAGAUAAUGGAUUUUUAAAAAAAAUUUUGCCGGUGAUCUCUUGUCACAUGACAUAUGUGCCGGAAUAAUAACACAUACUAGUUGUCCCAUGGUCACGUGACAUCCCCGCCGGAAGAAUAUCUCCUGCAAUAUUUGUCUGGUCGCCGGACAAUUAGACAUUGUCUUUUUAAAAAUCCAAGUAAUUUAAAAACAUUAAUGCCCAUUCCAGUUAUAAAAUUCAAGUCCAGUUUUAAAGUACCUGUUACCUGUUUAUUUCUGUAAAGGCCAAUAAAAGCCAUUGUUUAUAACUGUAUUUCCUUAAAAAAAUCUACAUCCCUUAGCUGCUGUAUAUUUAACUAUAUAUUUUUAAUAAUGAAAAAGCCUUUCCUUUUUAUCUUUUUAACAAAAAUUUAAAUUAUGAGUAUCUGUAUUUUUCUAAAAAUUCUUUUAUAUUUAUAAAUUGUUCAGAAAUCAAACAUUGUAUGCUAUUAUUAUGGCUCUAGUCAUUUCAUUGAGAUUCAAAUUAUUGUAUUUGAUAUUUGGCACAUAUUUCAAGCGCAACAUGGUUAUAAUAAUUCAAAUGUAAGCCUUUGCUCAUAGUUAAAGAUUAAAAAAAAAAAAAAAUGUUACCAAGAAAAUUGUUUAAUUAAUAUAUUCUUCUCUUUUACUAUUCACUUCACUUAUUUCUUAAUUGUUUUUUCCAAGUUUUGAAGUACUGGUUCCAAGCAGCCGACCUCGGCCUUAUUUCAAAGUCAAGGAAUGUUUUGGUAAUGAUAACCAUACCUUAAUUUUAUCAGUUUAUUUACCUUAAAUUAACAUUUAAAUUUUGUUGUAUUUAUUUUCAAGUUUUUAGAUAUGAUUUGAAGAUAAAAUAUAUAACUGUUUUGCAAACAUUGAGAGGGAUAAGGUUUACCCAUACUUGUGACAGGUUUUUUUAUGUCUUCUGAUUUGUACUGCUGUACAUGGUUAUGUAAAAAAAAAAUAUUUUUUUUUCAUUUUGAACAGGUUCUUGCAGGAUAACAUGUAUACUGAUGUAAUAUCAAUUUAUAUAGUGUAAUGAAAAAUUAAACUAAUUCUUAAAAAUAUUACUACAUAUUACACUAAAUUACAGAUUCAUGUAGAUGGUCAUGUGGAUGGAGCAGUGCCGUAUGAUACAGAAAAUAUCCCAUGGUUUCAUUACCCCAACAGUAGACAAGAAAUCUACAACAUGAUGCAGAGAAAUGACAUGUUCAUAGUGGUUGGUUAUUUGAGACUUUGCUCCUUCACAACAUAAAAUUAUAUUUUUAUAAUGGAAUUCUUUUAGUUAUUAAUGGCUGUAAAAUCAGUUACUGGAAUUUUAUAAUUUAUCCUUGAAAUAAUUACUGCAAAAUAUUUUUUGGAUAGUUUUUCACAUCAUCCAGGAUAAUUAAUUAUGCCAACUUAAGUACUGUUAUAUGGUUUUGUAUAUUUAAUUUGUUUUAAGAUUUAGCUCAUUAAAUGAACAAUACGUAUUGAUAAACUGAUAAAAACAGUAUACAAAGAGAAUACCAAAGCUAGUGAUACUAACAAUAUUUAGUGUAAUUAUACUAUCAAUUUAUAUAAAAAAUACAAAAUUAAAAAACAGAAAUGAAAGCUUUAUGAACUUACAGCACCGCUUUUGAAAAAAUAAAAUCCUUAAAAUAUAAAAAUAUACUCACACCCCCCACAAAAAUUAAAAUCUUGUAAGUCUUUUGUAAAUAUAAAAGUUACGUCUUAUAAAUUUCUAAGAAAAGUAGCAAAAAUCUCUCCCACCUUAUUUUUAGGGAGAAAGUUGUAACCCUCCAGAAAAGAAAAUUAUCUAGCAAUUGCAUUACCUUAUAGCAUUUUAUAGAACAAAUUAGAAUGUAAAGAAGCUUUCCCCAAUCAAGGCAGGGGAUGGGUAAAUAGUAUUGUAGCUAAACAUUCAAUCUGAUUACGUCAGUAUCAAAAAAUAAAAGUGGGAGGGAAGGUACGGUUGAAGGCCACAGCUUGUGAAUAAAAACUAAGUCAACAUACAGGCUAUAACACAACACUAAUGGUGGCUGAAUAUCAGUUAAAUCAUUCAUUCAGGGAAUGUUCAACCCUUUUGUAGAGCCUGAUGACCUGUGCUAAUAGGUUGAUUAUUAAAAGUGUAUUCACCUCACAUUUAAACACUAUAGAAAAGGAAAUCUCUCCAUUUUCUGGAUAUGUCAGAACAUAAAUCAACUCUUCCAAAUACAAGUGAAACUUUUUGAAAAUUUUAAUUUAUCUCCUAAAGCUUGCCAGCUGGUUGCCUCAUGUUUAUAAUUCAUAGACUCAAUUUUAACAUAUCUUCAGUUUCUUUUGUUCAUUUCAAAGCUCUGCUGUAAGCUAUAUUUAGUGCCAGAUCUAUAAAUGGGGUCAACAAUGCAGGACAAUUAAUUAAUAAUCAAAAGAUCCACACCCAAACAUCUGUUCAUUUAUUUAAUUAGGGGCAGUAAAUAAAGCAUUGGUACCCUUAAAUUUAGGUCCUAGACAUCUCAACCAUGUUAUCACUAGAUGAAGUUUUACCAAAAAUUUAAAAAUAAUGCAUUCCUCUCACUUUGUUAUAGGCUGCAGUCCUGACUGGUUUUGUGGAUCAUGUGAUCUGGGUGUGGCCUCAGUGGGACCGCCAAAACCAUGACUCUGACUGGAGUCAUGUCAUCAUUGAUGUACAGAUGGGCUACACAAAAGUCAAAGUGGACACUGAGAUGACAGGUUAUAAAAAUGAUCUGUGUUCCUGCUGGAAGAUUCGAGAGUUGGAAGAAAGCAAUAGAGAGAAAACACCACAAGACAGCCUGUGGGAAUGUCACAGGAGGAACUUCUCGGAGGUCGAAGCUGAAAAAGGCCCACAGAUAUCAAAACUGGACUGCAUGAUUCACGCCACUGCAGUCUUGGAAGUGAUGAGUGAAGCCGUAGCAACGGUUGAGCUUCCCAAAAUUUACCCUGCCUCUAGUUCAGCUGGUGUGAUAUUAGACAUAGACGAAGACUUCUAUGGGUGCUGGAGUGAUAUGAUUCCGCUGCAAAAAUCAGGAAUGGCGGAAAAGAGUGUCGAGCUCCUGUCGGACCUCAUUGCUGAUGUAUUGUGUGCAGACACUGCCAGGGAAGAGGUAGUUGCGGACAUGUUCUAUACUGCUCUCGUCAACAUGGUCAUCAACCUUAAGUCUGAAAGCUGUGAGGUCAUAGGUCAGCAAUUAAGGGAUCAGAACAAGCACUGCAAGACCAGCUUGGAAGUAAGUAAUUACAUUAUAGAAAAUAUACCUACUCUGUUAGGCUACCUGAAGAAAGAAGGACAUGAGAUUCUCCUGUGUCACGAGGAGGAAAAACUACAAGGAUUAUACCUGCAGAGCAUGAUGCAGCUUCUCCUUAACUUUUCCAUGAAAGAGCUUAGGCUCCUUUCUGACCUUGGCAUUUGUUUUAAGGUAUCGCCAUCCUCACGCUAUUUCGCUCAAGGGGGCCUUCUGCAUGUUUGUAUGGGAGAAAAUACUCCAGCUAGAACGAAAGUGUCCUUCCACCUUCCUUCAGAGGUUGAAAUCACAACUCAGACUGUGAGCUUGCGCAAGAUUAUAACAGCUGUCUUCAAAAAGCCUGACCUUGUGACAAUCUGCCGUUCUGUUAGAGACGGAUACACACCGAAACAAUUCCACCAAGUCAUUGAGUCCAAUAUUCUCACCAGCAUUUCCCACAUCUACAGGAGUGCCCAUGUUGAAAAUGCCCAUUAUGAUACUAACUUGCUGGGUGGCAGACUUGGGUGGGCACAAAGGAGCAGAAUUUGGACUGAGAAGCUUUUGAAAUAUGUAUCAUUGAAUAGGUUCAAUGACCUGGAUGAAUGAGACCUAUCUGUGAAACCAUUUUUUUUAAUCUCACCAUUGGUUUAAGCCAAGAGCUCAAGUGUCUUCUGUAAUGGGGAGAU